AUGCUAGAGGAACAUCCUUUCUUUGCUCACCCUCAUCCCCCUCCAUACGAUGACAGCUUCGAAAGCAGCUCCGGGGAGCCCUCAAAAUGUGGGAAAAAGAAGCACAAAGAAAAAGCCAAAAAGGGUAAGGAAGAUGAUGAACAUCCCGAACAGCCAGAAUUCGGAUUCGGUCAUCCCUGUGGCCGUGGCCGCGGUGGUCGAUGGCAUGGAUCCAGCCGAUGGGCUGCACAUGAAGACCCGGGAUUCGGACAUCGUCAUCACCACCACCACUGUCACCGCGGACGAGGUGGUCUAGGUCCUCAAUUCCACGCAUGGGGAAUGUUCAGCGGACUAGGACGAGGGGGCCCAGGACGGGGACGAGGUCCAGGAGGGAGAGGGGGCAGAGGCUUCGGCCAUCAUUUUUACAACUUCCACCACAUGCAUCCUCGCUUCCGCUCUUUUUACCACUCGCACGACGCAACCAGUUUUACGCCACCGGUCGACAUCUUCGUCACGGCUACCGAAACGAUCGUCCACGCCUCGCUUCCGGGAGCUCAAAAAUCGGAUUUGAGCAUCGCCUAUGACGCAUCGCACUCUAUGCUCCGUAUGGUUGGUGUCGUGCACCGUCCUGGAGUCGACGAGGAGAUGUACCGGGCUUUGCUGGUUGGGGAGAGAGGGCGUCAUGUGGGGGUGUUUGAAAGGGAAGUGCCAAUCUCCCAUACCGUUGCGGUUGAGGGAAUCCAGGCCCAACUGGUUGAUGGGGUUCUGAGGAUUGCACUUCCUAAGGUUGAAGGGGAAGUUGAACAACCUGACGAGGAGAUGGAAAAGGAGGGUGCAAAUAGUGAAUCGGACACUGAGGGAGAAGAGGAAGAAGAGCACGAGGAUGUGGAAGAGGAAGUCGAGAGGGAGUAUGUGAAGGUGGAUAUUCAGUGA